AUGGCGGACGCUAGGAAGAUGAUUACUCGCUCGUCCUCACAAACUUCCCAGCCACAAGAUGCGGAGGAGCUAAUGCUCACACAGCUGGAAGGGGCUCAACAGGCUGGCGAUUUAGAAUCUUCUUGCAAAGAAAUGGCCAUAGAGGUAGCAAAAUUAUUGGCGCCAGAUAUAAAGGCCACCCUGGAAGCUACGAUCUCCACCUCUCUAAAGCAACUGCAGGCCACAGUUAACCAGCACUCGGAGCAAGUGCAAGAACUUGAACAAAGAAUGGGCCUUGUGGAAGACGAGCUGGAGAGAGUUCAUACCCAGCUCAGAGACAUUACACAUUCUAACAAAGCGCUCCGAGACAAAGUUGAGGACCUAGAAAACAGGUCCCGCAGAAGCAAUCUGCGUAUACUCGGCUUACCGGAGAAUAUCCCGGCGCAUCAACUAUCUCGGAUCUGCUCAGACGAGCUACCACAGGCACUGGGACUCCAGGCUCCAGCAACGGUCGAGAGAGCGCACAGAGUUGGUCCACCGCAAGAUUCUGGUGAAUCCGAACCGCAAAGGAGACCUAGAACGACCAUAGUUAAGUACCUGAAGUACACAGACAAAGAGGCCGUCCUGUCCAAAUAUAGAAGACUCAAGCAGCCGCUCAAAAUACGUGGCCAUCAGAUUUUAAUCUUUGGGGACUAUUCCAUGGAGGUCUCCAAGAAAAGGAGAGCCUUCUCACAAAUAUGCACCCAGCUGGUGAAUAAGAAAGUGAAGUUCGCCCUGAUUUAUCCGGCGGUUCUGAGAGUGUUCAGGGCGGAUGGAGGAGUGGACACUUAUCUUUCACCCUCGGACGCAGCAGAUGCCCUGGAGAGCUGCAAUAUACCAAGGGACUUAGCCACAAGAUCGCCUAACAGUGGAACUGAGUCGCCAAGAGAAGGGCUUUUCGAUAAGGUUCCUGUGCUGAAGAAGGGCUGGAGCCUGCUGAGGAGCGAGACCCAGGAGAUCGCUGGCCGCAGCAGUCUGCAGAGGAUCGGAGCUCUCCUUCUGUGUGGCGGGAAUCGGCGCCAUUUUGAGAGGACCCGGCGGCUGGAUGAAAGAAAGCCGUCAUUUUCUAAGCUGUGCUCCCUUCUUUUUCCCCCUUGUCAUCAUCGGCAGGGGCUGCAGGAUCGAGCGCUGGCCUGGGGCAGUACCGGAGGGGGCGCCGCACUGGCCCUCUGCUUCUGGCUGCCCUGUGUGCUGGCACUGCGGGUGUACACGAAUAGCUGGGCCGUGGAGGUGCCGGCAGGUCCCGAGGAGGCGGAGAGGAUAGCCAGGAAGUUUGGCUUCGUCAAUAUGGGGCAGGUUAUACGUGGCAGUCAUUUCUAUCAUUUGCAACAUCGAGGAGUGCAAAGAAAAUCGCUAAGUCCUCAAUGGGGUAGACAAGUCCGGCUUAAAAAGGAACCUCAGGUACGUUGGUUUGAGCAGCAGACUGUAAAGAAGAGGACUAAAAGACAGAUCAGCAUGGUGCCCACAGACCCCUUUUUCCGUAAGCAGUGGUAUAUGAACAAUGAUGUUAGCCCAGACCUGAAUGUACUGUCUGCAUGGGGUCAUGGCUUCACUGGACACGGAGUGGUGGUGACUGUCCUGGAUGACGGCAUUGAAAAAGAUCAUCCUGACCUGGAAGAGAAUUAUGACCCUUUGGCAAGCUAUGAUUUUAAUAAUGAUGACCCUGAUCCACAGCCCCGAUAUAAUCCAUCUGAUGAAAAUCGUCAUGGAACGCGCUGUGCUGGCGAAGUGGCUGCGGUUGCGAAUAAUGACAUCUGCGGUGUUGGCAUAGCACACAAUGCAAGGAUAGGAGGGGUACGGAUGCUUGAUGGAUUGAUUACUGAUGUUAUAGAAGCUCGGUCAUUAAGUCUGAAUUCGCAGUACAUACAUAUCUACAGUGCCAGCUGGGGACCAGAAGAUGACGGGAAAAAUGUGGAUGGACCAGGCAUACUGGCCAUGGAGGCUUUUUAUAAGGGAAUUGUGAAUGGACGUGCUGGUCUUGGCUCAAUUUUUGUUUGGGCAUCAGGAAAUGGUGGCUUGCAUUAUGAUAAUUGUAACUGUGAUGGUUACACCAACAGUAUUUUUACUUUAUCCGUUGGCAGCACCACAGAGAAUGGAGAAGUCCCAUGGUAUAGUGAGGCUUGUGCAUCAAUGCUCACUACCACCUUCAGCAGUGGCAUCAGGAAGAACAGACAAAUUGUCACUACUGAUAUACGCUACCGUUGUACAGAGCAGCACACUGGAACGUCUGCAUCUGCUCCUCUAGCUGCUGGAAUUAUUGCACUUGCACUGGAAGCAAAUCCGGCUCUCACAUGGAGAGAUGUACAGCACAUUGUGGUGCGUGCGUCAAGUCCUGCUACCCUAAAAGCUGCUGACUGGGUGAUAAAUGGAGUAGGCAGAAAAGUGAGUCACCAUUAUGGUUAUGGACUUCUGGAUGCUGGAAAACUGGUGGACCUGGCUCUAAAGUGGGAAACUGCACGUCCUCAGAGAAUGUGCUUAGUCAGGCUUGUGAGUAAUCCUCAGAGAAUAUCUUCCCAUCUUGUAGUGAGUCUCGGUGUCAGUGGCUGCUCUGGAACACCACACUUUAUCUUGUCUCUUGAGCACGUUCAAGCCCAAGUCUCCCUCAGCUUUACUCGCAGGGGUGAUCUUGAAAUCUACCUCACCAGCCCUAUGGGUACACGUUCUGUGCUGGUGGCAUUGAGACCAUAUGAUACCAGUUCUGCAGGGUAUAAAAACUGGUCCUUCAUGAGUACACAUACAUGGGAUGAAAAUCCACAAGGCACAUGGACUCUUGAAUUGGUGAACAAAGGAGACUACCGGAACACCGGAUUCUUGAACAGCUUUGUGCUUUUUCUGUAUGGGACUAAUGAAGACUUGAUGGCUAGAAAAGUACGAAGUCCAGUAUUGACAGAGUGCAUAAGCCAUGACCCCAAUGGAGCAUGUCAGGAGUGUGAACCACCGUUUUAUAUGUUGGGAAACCUCUGCAUAUCCUAUUGUCCUCCAAAAUACUUUAAGGCUGUACAGAAGGCGAAGACAAUAGAAAAAGAGCCCCAGGACUAUAAUACUGCUCGGAUUUGUGCCCCAUGCCACCCUUCCUGCUAUACUUGCAGGGGUGAUUCUGCUAAUAAUUGCACCACUUGUCCUUUGUUUUCUACCCAUGAUAACCAACAAUGGUCCUGCUCACAACUUAGCUUUCCAAGAGCUUAUUCUGGAAAUGCUGGAAAAACAAGUCCUAUCCAUGGAGAUCCCACUUUGCAACUUACAGGCUUAAAAGGGUUAUCCACCUUCAAUGGCUUCUCGGACAGACCUCCCUCAUGUCGCCCCAUCUAUGGAGGAAAGCAUACUUAA